AUGAGCGCUCCGCCCGCGACAAAGAGACGCCUAUCGUCUCCUCAACAGAACCCUUUCCAGUGCUCAUACUGUCAACGCUCCUUCGGGCGCGUGGACCACUUGACCCGUCAUAUCCGAUCUCAUGCACAAGAUAAGCCGUUUCGCUGUCAUAUUUGCGAUAAGGCCUUUGGGCGCCAAGAUAUCCUCAAACGCCAUGUCCUUGGACACAAUGGCGCAGAGUCUGGUGCGAAGCGAUAUAAGCGCAUGUCCAAUGCUGCGCCUCGUGUGUCUCAAGCUUGUAAAGCUUGUGCGGGAUCCAAGCUCAAGUGCGAUGAAGAUCCUUCCUGCAGACGCUGUGUGACCAAAGGAAUCACCUGCGAGCGAGAUACGCGGUUCACAGAAAUAGGAGAUAAGACAUCACCAGAAACUAGCAUCCAAUCUACCAUAGAUCAUGAACUAUUCAUACCCGUGCUCGAACCGAGUCAUCUAAGCUUAUCAGAGGACGACUUCUCCAAGUUCCUGAAAGGGGUCAUGACUCCCGUAGAGGGACAGGAGAGCCGUCCGAUAGAACAAGCCGACCUGGCUAGCAUUCAUCAAAUUUACGAUCCGCUUUUGUCCCACGGCCCCUUGGACUUCCGGGUCGAUGGGGAUCCGCGGUUCGACGAUGUUGCCAUGGAUCUCUGGGACUUGCCCUGCAGCCCAUCUUUCUAUUACAACGGAAUCCUGCUGGAGCCAAAGGCAUCUGCAGCGCUCAAUCUUCAGACUCAAACGCCGAGUCUGGGCAAUAAUGCUCGCCCAGCUGUGCUGGGUCACGUCGCGUACAAGGAAUCCGCCCUCGGAAUCUGGGAGCCGUCGCAGAAUGACCACCUCAACUCCAACAUUAAGGCCCUGUCCGUUCUUGGCGAUAGUCCCCAGGACGCCAUCCAGCUGAACAGCUUGGAAGUAAGCAGUCAGCGGUUCAAACCACUCUCCGUUGGUCUUAGAGACCAAUUGCUUCUAUUGACACUGAACGCUUGUAAGCCCGAAAGCAAACUCGCCAUCAUCAGAGCAUUCCCUCACUCCGAGAUUCUGUCCAAGCUCAUCGAGAGCUUCUUUUCUCACCAUCGCGUCCAGACAGACUCGUGGAUACAUGGCCCUUCUUUCGAACCAAAUCAACAGGGAGCAGAGCUCAUUCUCACCAUCGUCAAUAUGGGCACUAUGUUUGCUGACUCCAAGAUCUUGCAUGCCCUUGGUUUUGCUCUUCAUGAGGUGGCUCGUAUGUCGUUCCCUAUACUGUUUGAAAGUGCAAAUUCUAGGACUAGAAGUCUUUGGGCCCUCCAAGCAUUUGUACUGGAUAUUGAGAUGGGGCUGUGGAGUGGUAUUAAGAGGAAGAUGGAAAUCGCUGAAAGCCAGCGCCAGAUGCCCUUCACAAUGCUACGGCGCGGUAGAAGAUUUAGCAAAGCCUAUACCCCCGCUGAUCCUCCUUUGCCAGAAGAUACAGGUGAAACCUUGCAGAAUAAGUGGCUUGCCUGGAUUGAGCAAGAGAAUUAUAACAGACUCAUCUAUCACUGCUUUGUUCUAGACACUCAAGUCAGUAUUGCUAUGUCGACAUGUCCCUUGAUAUCUUUCUCGGAGCUCAAGACGCAUCUGCCAGAGUCUAGUGAUCUAUGGCUUGCCAAAGAUUCAGAAGCAUGGAAAGCCAUGUACUUGAGGCAGCCGCGCCAACACACAAGAGUCACACUGUACGACUACUUCCGCAAUUCCGCAGAGAUCGACAGCAGCUAUGAUAGUUCGUUUUGUCAGCUUAUCAUCCUUUCGGGUAUCUGGGGAAUGGUCUGGCAAUGUCUCCAAAGCAUUGCUGUGCUAGAUAAGCCGAGACACUCGGACCCAGCAUUGACUCUUCGGCAGCAAGAGAUCCUCCAGAUAUUACAUCGCUUUUGCGUCAACAUGAUGGGGGAUGAGGCAGGCUGGCAGGAUGGUCCGGUAACAAUGAUGUACCAUCUCGUGUAUAUGCACUUACACAUACCUUUUGAAGAGGUUGAGCUGUUUGCAGGCAAGGGACAUCAGAGUGAUGCCCGGAACGCCCUAGCUGUACUUCUAGACUGGACCAACAGUCCUGAGUCACGGAAAGCAAUAUGGUACGCGGGCCAGAUUAUAAGAGCAGCAGAGAUGUUUGAGCCUGGUCGGCUCCGGGGCUUUUACACUAUUGCAUUAUAUCAGGCGAACCUCGCCCUUUGGGCCUAUGCGGUGGUGUCACAGGUCAAAGGCACAAAUAAGAAUGAUCCCAUUCUUAAUCAGGAGGAGAUGGUCUGUUUGAACGGGCCGGAAUCUCCACUCAUUCAGAGGUUCAUCAGCCGCGGGGUGCCUUCGGUAGUAGUCAUCCAACCAUCUGCACCCCAGCUCGGCAAUUCUCCCAUUCGGCUGAUGGACCGGGAGGCGGUCGUGAACUACGUUCUCGGCAUUUUGAGUGCCAAUUUCUCUCACGUCGAGGCUGUGCCGCCUUUGGUCGAGAAUCUUGAGCAGCUUCUGGAUAAGCUGGGCCGAGCCGACAUCGACGUAUAG